GCGGCGCUCAUCUGCAUGCCGGGCCCCGCCCCUCCGCGCGGCGACGUCAGCGGAGCUCUGCAACCGCCGGGGCGGCGCGCGCCGCUGCUGCAUUUGCUGCAGGAGGCGCGGCGCGAGCGCGAGCUGGAGAUGGCGUCCGCUACCGACUCCCGCUACGGGCAGAAGGAGUCCUCGGACCAGAACUUCGACUACAUGUUCAAGAUCCUGAUCAUCGGCAACAGCAGCGUGGGCAAGACCUCCUUCCUCUUCCGGUACGCCGACGACUCCUUCACGCCCGCCUUCGUCAGCACCGUCGGCAUCGACUUCAAGGUCAAAACCAUCUACCGCAACGACAAGCGCAUCAAGCUGCAGAUCUGGGACACCGCCGGGCAGGAGCGGUACCGCACCAUCACCACCGCCUACUACCGCGGGGCCAUGGGCUUCAUCCUCAUGUACGACAUCACCAACGAGGAGUCCUUCAACGCCGUGCAGGACUGGUCGACCCAGAUCAAGACCUACUCCUGGGACAACGCGCAGGUGCUGCUGGUGGGCAACAAGUGCGACAUGGAGGACGAGCGCGUGGUGUCCUCGGAGAAGGGCCGCCAGCUCGCCGAGCACCUGGGCUUCGAGUUCUUCGAGGCCAGCGCCAAGGACAACAUCAACGUCAAGCAGACCUUCGAGCGGCUGGUGGACAUCAUCUGCGAGAAGAUGUCGGAGUCGCUGGACACGGCCGACCCGGCGGUCACCGGCGCCAAGCAGGGCCCCCAGCUCACGGACCAGCAGGCCCCCCCGCACCAGGACUGUGCCUGCUAGGGCCCGGCGCCGGCCCCCCCGGUACCGCCGGCCCGCACGUGUCCCCCCUCCCCUGUCUGUAGCCCCCCACCCCGGGGCUGGGGCCGGCGUGGCUUUUGCUGCUGGUACCUCGCGGGCUGCGCCAGGGCCGUGCCCCCCCCGGAGCCUGCCCCGUCCCCCUGCCCCGAGUUAGGCUGUGCCCCCCCCUUAUUUAUUUUUAAGCCCGGGACGGUAGGCGAGAACUCCGAGUCUGCUUUUAACUAUUCUACGAGCCUGACUCUUAUAUAUACAAUUUUAUUUCCGUUGUCUGCCCGGCACCGCGUGUCCAGCUCGCGGGAGCUGCGGCCGAGCCGGUGCCGCGGUGCUUCCCGCCCGCCCCGGGAGCCGCUCGGCUCCCCUUGCUCUCUGGCUGUCCUCUCGCCCCAGAUGGAUGGGUUAUUUCAGAACUCUUGUUUAUUUGUAUAAAUAGAUGCUAAUUUAUGCUCCUGCUGUCUUCCUCCUUGUACAUAUAAAGGGGAAAAAAAAAACCCUCCUUGUAAAUAGCAGUAGGAAGUGACGCUGUGCAUGUGACCUGCCGUGCUGUGGCCGUGUUGGUGCAUUUAUUUUAAUCGGUGUGGUAACCUGCUUGUGAAUAUCACUUUUAAAUCUAUUAUUUAAAGGUUUAAAAAAAAGAAAGGGAAAAAGAAAAAAAAAAAAAGAAGAAAGAAAAAAAAAAAAAAAAGCAAAGCAAGGCCAGCAACGCAAGCUGUAGCAAACGAGUCCCAGCUCGGCGGCUGUGACCACCGCGUGCCUCUGGCAGAGCAUGGCCCCGAGGAAACCGCUGCCGAUUCCCGCACGAGCGCUCGUGGAGCGAGCCGGGCUCGGAGGAGCAUCGCUGAUUUGCUACAGAGCGUUUGGCGCCUUGUCUGUUAAUAUAGUAAUGUGCUUAUGUGGAGACUGUGAAUAAGUGGAUAUUACUGUAGCAAUGACUGACCCGGAGGUCUUGCUGCCCUCUAUUUAUUUUUCUUGGAGCGCUGUGUCUUUAUUUCACAGGUCCCCUGCCCACGGUCCCCUGCCCCCCGCCACCCUCCUAUUUUUGUGAAGUUUACUUAUGGAAGAGUUACACUGUACUGUACAAAUGUCAAAAGUGUCAAAAGAGUACAAUUUCCUAAAAUCACUGUAUUAAAGAAAUGUUGUGAAGAAAUAAAUCAAUGCUGAUCACCA